GGCUUUUCCUUACGUUGACCAAAUAGAAUAAAAUUAAAAACUCACAUGUAAAAUGCAUCUUCAACUUCAAGUCUAGCGACCAAUCGCGUCUAAAUUAUUAUUUGCUGCCAUCCUUGCCACUCAAUGCACAGAGGCUCCAAUGGGAAUGGCUAAGAUGACUACUUCCUGUUUUAGUCCUGCCCAGUUUCAUGGGAAAACAUCGCUACCGGUCUGAUGGACAUCAUGGCAGCUAAUAAUGUUGCAGAACAACCACAGUUGGCAGGUCACGAGAAAACACCCAUACAGGUUCUACACGAAUAUGGCACAAAAGUGGACAUCCUCCCAAUCUACAACAUGGAGAGAGAAGAGGGUGCACCACACCAACCAAACUUUGUCUUUACCGUUACCAUGGGUGAAAUAACCUGCAGAGGUCAAGGGUUGACUAAGAAAGCUGCCAAACACCAAGCUGCAGAGGCUGCCCUGAGGCUGCUGGAGAGGGAGCCAGGAGUGCUUCCUGUGCCUAAACAUUCAGAAAAUAAUGGAUUUGGUGAAGGCAACGAGCAGCCGAACCCAGUCGGAGUGCUGCAGGAGCUGGCUCUGCAGAGGUCGUGGCACUUCCCUGAGUACGUGGUGGUGAAUGAGUCGGGCCCCUGUCACAACAAACACUUCUCAGUCACAUGCAGGCUAGAGAACCUCGUCCAGACGGGGGUCGGUACUUCAAAGAAACUGGCCAAAAAAGAUGCAGCUGAGAAAAUCCUAGAGAAACUACAGGGCCUGUCGGGCUGUGGUGAAGUUACAUGGUCACCUAAACCUAUAGUCUACUUGGAAAGCUUGAGGCACUCUACAAGCGAGAAGAUCGCCCAGCUGCGGAGGACUCACCUCAGCAUCCCCAACACAGAUUACGUGGACAUGAUGCAGGCCAUAUCUCAAGACCAGGGCUUUGAGGUCAUCUACCACAACAUAGAUGAGCUGACGGUGAACGGGCAGUACCAGUGUCUAGUGCAGCUGUCCACUAUGCCAGUGACUGUGUGCCACGGGAUGGGGGUCACCUGUAGCAACGCACAGAACGACGCAGCACACAGCGCCCUGCAGUAUCUGAAGAUCGUGUCCACUAUGAAAUGAGUUACUUUGUUCAUACACCACACACAUUCUAAGCUCACACCACACCAGCAUUUUGCCUUAUUACAUCAUUGUGUGUGGCUAUUUUUUUUAAAAAAAUAAAUUGUAUUUCUGGUCCAAAAGCUAUAUAUUAUGACAAAAAGUUCCCAAUAUAGUCCUACGCACAACUGGCAUCUUAAUACAUAGAAAGAAAUAUGCAUAGAAAUAAUGUGUUUUAAAAUCGUUCACUGAGGAUAAUUUCUGUCUGGAGUACAUCUGUACAGUACAGUAGGUGCUAUAUAAAGUCAGUGUUAAAAGGACAUGCUGUAGACAUCAACAUAAUCUAUGCCUGCUAAGCUUGUGUUAAUUAUGAAACUCAUAAAAGUGGCUCAUCAUGAUCUAUAGUUAAACCGUGCUCUGUUAAGUUAACAACAUGCAGAUUAGUCCAUAUGUGAAACACAUUUGUCAUUAACUGACCGUGCUGACUGAACUACAAUAUUCUGAUCUGAAAUAUUUGUGGUUCUCACUGGAAGUUGGUUAAAAAAAGUAAAUCCUUUUACAAAAAAGUGGUAAUAUGAAGGCACCUUUAUCUCAACUUACAUAGCUUUAAUAAAUGGGCUAGUCUAUAGGUUUAUUUAUUGUUUGAUAUGUACCUUUUUAUGUUCAAGUGACCUCUUUUAGUAACAUUUUAACGUGUUUAUGUUUGGAAGAUAGAAAAUUAUGUGUGCACAUCCUUUUUUUUAGUUGAAUAAAAGUUUGGUUUCUGGACU